AUGCUUGCUGUUGAGUGGAGUGUACUGGUGCAUAUUGUUGAUUACUGUUGGAGAAUCGUUGUGCUGGUGGUUGUUGACGGGAACGGUGAGCCGGUAUGGAGUGGGUUGGUGAUGAAGAUGCGAAGGAGCGCAUCGAUAGUUGGGGUUGAUUUCUGCGACUGGGUACAGGUGGCCGAUUGUUGUGUUCGGGGCGAUUGUUGUGAUGUGAGAGAGGUUGUACGGCUUCCAGCAUUUGAGCAGUUUCUAAUAAGAGACAAAGAAAGUCGGAUGUUGAGUAAUUGA